ACUCGCAGUUUGAUUUUGGAUUUGACGCAACGCUAUGAGCUUGGCUUCAGUUAUCCACUACGGAAUCCUCGCUCCGGCGAAAUCGGAUCGAAUCAUUUUUAGCAUUCCGGUGAUUCCGCCGGACUUUCCAGCUCGUGGGUGGACUGAGUCUCGUUUCUCUCUCCUUACAAAUCCCUCUCUCGUUUCAGCUUCAAAUCGUCGUCUCCCUCAUCUUUCUCCUAUUGCUUGCUCCAGAGAUAUUGAUCAGGAAGAUGAUGUUUCCUCUUCAGAGAAGGAGAGCAGAGAUCUUCUACCACACAAAGAUGAAGAGAGUGCAAGAAUCUCUAAUUCUUUUUCAUCAAUAGACAAUGGAAGCCUGAGAGAUCAUCAACAAGAAGAGACAUACAAAACUUCCUUCAAGACUGUUGCCUUGUGUGUAAGCGCUGCGGUGGCAUUUGGAAUCGGAAUAGGUUUGAAGGAUGGUGCUGGCAAGGCAUCAGAGUUCUUCGCAGGCUAUUUAUUGGAGCAAAGCUUGUCAGUGGACAACUUGUUUGUUUUUGUUCUUGUCUUCAAAUACUUCAAAGUGCCACUCAUGUAUCAGAAUCGGGUACUUACCUAUGGUGUAGCUGGUGCAAUUGUCUUUCGCUUCACGCUCAUAUUGUUAGGAACAGCCACUCUUCAGAGAUUUGAAGCAGUCAACCUACUGCUUGCAGCAGUACUCUUAUAUUCUUCUUUCAAGUUAUUUACAAGUGAAGAAGAUGAUACAGACCUAUCCGACAACUUCAUUGUAAAGACAUGCCAGAGAUUUAUUCCUGUCACAUCAAGUUACGAUGGAAAUAGAUUCUUCACAAACCAUGAUGGCAUUUGGAAAGCCACACCAUUGCUACUCACAGUAGCAGUGAUCGAGCUCAGUGACAUAGCAUUUGCUGUUGACUCGAUACCAGCUGUUUUCGGCGUCACAAGGGAUCCGUUUAUUGUCUUGACCUCUAAUCUCUUUGCAAUCCUAGGACUCAGGUCUCUCUAUACACUGAUUUCCGAAGGAAUGGACGAGCUGGAAUACUUGCAGCCAUCAAUAGCAGUUGUUCUUGGCUUCAUCGGAUGCAAGAUGAUCCUCGACUUCUUCGGCUUCCAUGUAUCGACCGAGGCAUCACUUGGUAUCGUGGCCCUUUCUCUGAGCACCGGAGUACUGUUGAGUCUAACAAACAAAUCCGGUGACAGCUAAUUACGAACCAAGAACAGAUUCCAGAUGUAAUCAAUCAAAGAGUUCAUGAGAACAAAAUCGCAUUGUAACAUUGUUCAUUAAAGCAUUUCGCAGAUGUAUUACUGUAGAUAAUAAUACACAAAAAGUUGCAUUCUUUGCAAGAUGUAUUUUACGUUUGGUUUGGUCGUUAUGAAAAUAGCGAGAUCUUUAAAA